CCUCAUUAAAAGGCAAUUUACAAGAAUCCGCGUUAAAGAUGAAAGCGCAUGUUCUACAUUCAGCAAAGGAAGCUGAUACAAAGAGAGAAAUAUAUAUCAGAAAAUGCGGGAAUUAUGAAGACGACCACGAGGGGAGAGCCAUUGGAUAGAUAUUUAGCAGAGCUUGGCCUGUGGAGAAAAAGUAUAGCGAAGGACGGGUUCUCACUCUUCAGAGCUGUUUCUGAACAGUUGUUUCUUUCCCAAGUCUAUCAUGUCCAAGUCAGAGAUACGUGUGUCAAAUACAUGUCACAGCACCCGGCCAAAUUUGAACAUUUUAUACAAGGGCCAUAUGAGAGUCAUCUACGAGAUUUAAAUCAACCAAAGGAAUGUGCUGGCCAUGCUGAGAUUUGUGCCCUGUCUUUAAUUUACAAACGUGACUUCAUUAUAUACCAAGAGCUGGGGAAACCUGUAAAUGUGACUAGGAAUGGUUUUGGCAAUGAGGUGCUAUUGUGCUACAGUGAAGACUUCCACUUUGACAGUGUGUAUUCCCUGUCCUACCUGAACAGUGCUGCCAUCUGUCAGUCUAUUAUUUAUGAGGUGCUGUACAGAAAUGUUUUCAAGAUGAGUGAAGAGAUAGAGAUAGGUAUUGAGAUGAUUCGUAACAAGUCCUUCCAGAAACACAGAAAAGACAGCGUGGGCAGUGUAUCAUCUGAUAAAGGAGAAAGCCCCCCUCCACCUGAGAAUCAGCAUGAACAGGAUGAAGAUGGAAAGAUGGACAAGAAGAAACUCCUAGAACAAUACCAGUAUCCUCCAUUUCCAUUCCGUAUUGCUAAGGCCCUGGACCCAGAGAUCUACAGAAAUGUAGAGUAUGAUACUUGGAUGGAGAGUAAGAAAGAACAUCGACUGAAGGACCCCAGUCAAGCGAGAGAGUUGCAGUAUGCACCUGGCGACAAAUGCCAAGUCACAGUGGAGGGGCAUGGGGACAGAGUUUUUCACGCCUUUAUCCAGGAAAUGAGCCGAGACCAGGGCCCUGUGACAGUUUUUCUGGAAGAGUUGGGAGAGAGGCACACUAUCCCAUUUGCAAAUCUUCGCCCUUUGCCACAGCCGCAGCCUCCCCAGCAUGGCUGGACCUCAGCAGGUAAAAAACAAACACACAUGUCAGGGUUCUAUCAGAAGUCUCCGCUGUUAGAAGAUUCAGCCUCAAACUCUCUGAGUAACAAGAAGAAACUUCAUAAGAAGAAGAAAGAGAUCCCCUUUUUUAUGCCAUUAGGACGUGGGCAACCCCUCCCUCCAAGACUACAACAACAGGGGGAGAGAGCCUCCUACCCAAGAGGAGCCAGUAGGACCCCCCCACCACGCUUUGGCAGCAACUGUGGUCUCUUCAACUCCAGUGGACGUCCCAUCAACAAGCAGUGGAACAGUUCAGACAACCUUAAAUAUGUCAAACCUCGCCAUGGUGAUGACCGUUUUCUCCCAUUUCGGGAUGUUGUGCCGCCAUCUUGUACUUUCUUUCCGCCCACAACUCCAGAAGGACUGGAGGUUCCGUGGUUUAGAUUGCCAGUUCAGCAUCGCCAUCAAAUGCAGGACCUAGAGAAGAAAGCAAUGGAAGAGUCUGCUGCUCUAUAUGAGCUACAGGAGCGGGACCCCAAUGCUUUCCCUGCUCUGCCAAGUGUCCAUGACCGUAAUGGAAGUGGUCCAUGCUCUUUCUGGAACCAAGACAAAGGUCACCAAGGUCACCAUGAUGGCAGUGGACAAGCAGAUGACUCAGCUUUUCUGUCUCAUGAUAUGACUGGAGGGGCAUCAGGAGUGGAGAGUACAGCAGACAGUGGUGUGGGCUGCCGAGCAGACGGCAUCAGCCCCACCCCACCCCAGCCUAUCCCCCAGGUACAUCGACAGCUGUCUCACCAUGCCCUCUCCAAGGCUGCCAGCCCUGUGGCCAGCCCAACAGUCUCCACUCCACCCCCUCUGCCCCCUAGUCCUAUCUCUCAGAAGAUACCUCCACCCCCUGGGAUGGUCCCGCCAGCCUGGUCUGUCCCAUACUAUUACUCCUUUGUGAUCCCACACAUGGAGAAUCUGACAGGACCUGUGAAUUAUGGAGCUUCACCAUCCAGGGAUGUGAUGGGAAAUGAUUUGCCACUGAAUGAUAUCACAACUCUGCGUUUUUUCUUCAAUCUUGGAGUUGAGUAUCACCGCUUCCAUGCAGCCAUGGUGCAGAUGCAGAGCCAGCAGCAGUACGCUGCAUACUGCACUCAGCAGGCAUUCCAGGUUACCUGUUACCAGCCACCCCCUCCAGUGGCGACUUUGACCCAGGGGCGACCCCCUCAGAUCAUACAAGCUGGACGACUGGACCAGUCCAGUCUGGUGGAGGAUGAGACCAAUCCGGUCAAUGGUCAGUCUGAUUCACAGGACUCCCCUGAUCACGACAGGCCACCCUCUCAGAAAAAGUUAACGCAUAAAAAGGAAGAAGUCAGUGUGGCGCAGAGCAGCGAGGAGGAUGGGUCUAAUUGUAGUGAUUGCACUAAUCCUGGCUGCUCCUUAAAUGAUAGUGGUUGCGUCUCUGAUAUUAGCUUAGAUUGCUCACAAAAGAAUCAAAUCUUUUCUAGUAAAGAUGAUAGUGAUCAGUUCUCUCCAGAGCGCCAGGAGAGUGAGAGUAGCGAUAACCAAUCAAAUCACAGUGAUAGUUUCUCCCAGCAUUCCAAUGCAUCCAGUGGCAGUUCAAACGAUUGUCAGCCUACAUUCACUAAUCGCCCUAGACGGCCUGCAUUUAUUAAGAAAAUUAAUGGAGUGACACAUAGGUUAUUAAGACCAAUCAAAGAUAUUCCUCCUAGGUUUCAAAGAAUCUUAUCGGCUGAAACCUCAAAACAGCAUAACUGGAAAUUAGAAGGUCCACCAUUAGUUGUACCAAUGAAUAGCAUGUCACCAGAGUAUGUAGGUAGUCCAACAGAAACUUCAGAAUCUUCACAAAUCUCUUUCAAUCCCAAUGCACAGUGCUUUAUUCCAGGACAGGUUUAUAGUAGCAGUGAGCCUGCAGGGCAGGGGUAUUGUGCCGCUGUCAGCAACACCACUUCUGCAGUCACACAGCCUGCCACAUAUGUGGAAAGCAUGGGCAGUUCGAAUGGUGUAGGUGGCUUAAAUGGUACAGUCAGCACCAGUGGUGCUGUUGUAAGUGGAACUACCAGUAGCUGUGGUGAUAACAAUACCCCAGCCCAACAGCUCACAGCUGCUCCUACAUAUACUAUUCACUUAACAGGUGCUCCACCUAACUACUCUGCCACCUAUGGUGACGGUAACUGCUGCUUUGCUUCAUCUGUGCCUCCUUUCUCUUCCACUGCAGGGUACUACCCCACCCCUGGGAGCCCCAGUGCUGGCCCAGUCCCCCCUCUUCCCCAGGGGACGGUCUAUUAUUCCAGUGAGGUUUUUCCCAGUCAACAACAGUUUGUUCCUUACCAGCCUCCAGUUAUGUAUGCGCCUGCACCCCUCCAGCAAGGACAGUACCAGCAAGCCCAGUACCCAAUGUCUGUGUGACCUGCAAGGCUUUGGCCAUUUGUUUCUGUAGUGUGCCUUUGAAAGCCUACUUGUGGCAUAGAAUAGAAUUGAGGAGUACAACUGUGCAUCAUGUGAUUUGGUUUCAAAAUGUUUUUUUCCCAUAAAUUGAAAAAUGAAGUCUCUUUCUUCCAAUGCGUGAAUUUCUAUGUGACAAAGUGUCAAAAUAUUUUGCCAGCACGUGGAGCACAGGUUGACUUGUAUACCAAGAAAAGAAAGUGGCAUGUUAAAGGCCUGCAACAAUAGACUUGCAUGAAUUUGAGAUGUCAUAGUUCUUUUUUUUUUGGGUGAGUGAUGAUAGACGUUGUUAAUAACAAUAAAUUUGAGGUGAAGGAAGUUGAUUAUAUCUACAGUGCUUACUUUCUCCCUGUAAAAUUUAUUCUCUUCUGCUUCAUGUUGUUUAGAUGUAUUUGCUUUGAUAACUGUAUAUAUUUUUCUUUUUCUUGUUAUUAUUGUGGUAAAGGCAUUAUUAUUAUUAUUACAAUUAUUUACUGCUAUUAUCUGUGUUUAUCCUUUAAGAGGCCUCGUCUUUUGUAUUGUGUGCUUUGCAUAUUCAAAGUUCUUGUUUUUGUAGGAGAUAGAUAUAGAUUCAAUUUUAAUGUUUCACGUGUUCCAUUUCCAGUACAAAGCAACAAAUUGAACAUGGAAUUGUGAAGUAUUCAGAAAACAGGCCUAGAAACCUAGUUUGAAUGUAGUAAAUGUUUGUCAGUACAAGCCAAAUAAAUUUGAUUCAAGGGCAUUAUUUUUAUAUCCUUGAGCGAUCUUAAAAACACCUUCAGUUAUAGAUGCAACAUUUCCCCAAACACAAGUGUGCGUGUGUGUUCAUAUUUGUGAUACAUGUCUUACAUUUUUUUAUGUAAAAUCUUCACUUUAAAUUUUUAUGAAGAUUCAUGUCUUUUUCAUGUGCUGCUAUCUUUGUUAUGAUCUCUAGAAAUUUUCUGUUGGAUGGACAUUUAUAAGGUACUCUAUUUUAGGAGAGAAGAAUCUUUGUGGAUGUCUGAAGAAAAUUAAUUCUUGAUAACAGCCAUUUUAUUUUCCAUGAUGGCUUUUUUAGUCCAGUUAUACCAAAGGCUGGUUAACCUAUUAGACCAAAGGCUGGUGUUUCAUUUUUGUGCAUUAUUUUUUAAAAAGUUCAGUAGUAGUUAGUAGUAUAUCAAAAGCUGCCUGGUGAACAACAUUUAGGCUCUUUGUAAAUAUCAGUAGGUAAUUAUUUAUGUUGUAGUUUGGUUAAAUGUAGUUAGUAGAAGUUAGGUAGGAUGUUAUAGUUGUAGAAGUAGGUGUAAUUAUUUUGUUUGUUGGCACCAUUAUUUAUAAAAAAAAAAGUGAAUUAUAUAUUGAAAAAUUCUAUUAUUAUAAUAAUAUUUUAAGCUUAAAGCUUUAAAACAUUCCAAUAAUCAUGUUGAAUUUUGUGCAAUGUUUAUAUUAUAAAUAUGUCAUUGCACACAAAGCAAAAUGUGCAUGUCACAUGAUGUGACAUCCUAAAGAGACCAUAUAAGAAUAUAUAAGGGUGUUAGUCUUAAAUGUAACUUUAACACUUUUAAGUUAAAAAAAAUACAUUCAUUCUCCGAUCAGCUGAUCUGUAACACACUUUUUGUCCAUUUACUUAAUUACUUGAGUAAAUAACUAUAUUUUUAUGUGUGGUGGUCGCUGUAAUUUAAUUCUUCCAAUCAGAAAAGUCCAUAAGUGUGUGCAAGUUGGUAAAAGUUAAAAUUUGUUGCAUAAUCAACUUAACUUUAUCUAUUUGUCAGGUGUGGGAAGCUGUGGAAAAGCACAUUAAGAAAUGUUUUGUGCACUGCCAUUAAAUCAAUUUUGAAUGAAUUUUAAAAAAGGGCAGGCUGUCCUCAUUACUACUUUUUAUUAAGUUUUGAAAUCACGAAAUACAUUACUGUACCAGAUAAUUCUUCUUAUUAAUAAUUUAUAAAGCAAUGAACUUUUAAUUUCAGUACUUGGUAGAAGACCAGUUUUGCAGUGUUGUUCGUCUAGUAAAAUUUUAUGCAGUAUAAGGAGUCAGUUUGAUUAAUUUUAUACAUACAUCUAACAAUUCGAAUCACAUAACAUCAAUUUUAAGAACUUGAAAGAGGAAAAAUGUUGCAAUAGACCUUUUCCCCUGAUGUGCAACAUUUUGAAAUUUCAAGAUCUAGUCUUUGUCAAUAAAUUUUGUAUCCUUUUUUCGGAAAUAUUUUGUGCCAGUGAAAUUUUAAUUGGUGUAGUAUGGAAUAAUUGCCACAUUGAAUUAAUUCUUCGUUGUUCUACAAAUUUUUGCUUUAAAAAACCUCGCAUUUAAAGAUGUAAUUUUAAACAUCUUUCUUAAGCUUUUUUUCUUCUUGUCAGUUUCAGUCAGAAUUCUGACAAUGUUCAUGCCAACUCUUUUGAUGGUUUGUUGAUGAUAUUUAUCAUAUAUCACGAUGUAAAUUUUUGUUGGCAUUGGACUCUGUCGAGUGGAAGUUUGUUUUUACUCAUCUUUUGAAUGUUUGCCAUUGGCGCUUGCAUUUGUUGAAAAGAGAUUGAGAUGUGCUCAAAUCUUUUGUCAAAUAAGAAAAAAUAUUGUUUUAAAUUAGUUUUUGAGUAAAAACAGUCAUCAUUAACAAACAGAUUAUGGUGAGAUAAGUCCUACUUUAAAGGUAUGUAAUAAGAUCAACAGAUAAAGAACAAUAAAGGACUGUGCAAAAGUGUUUUAAAUGGUUUUUAAUGCAGAAUGAGCCUAAAAGCUGUACAUUUUCUUUCUUUAUAAUAAUUUCAGUUCAGUUUACAAAGUGUUGUAAAUUUUAACCUUUUUAAUUUAUUUGACAUUUUGGCUAGUUUAAUCCAAAGAAAAGUGAAUGCAAACAAAUUCUAAUUAAAUAUCCUCCCCUGGGAAACAAGAUUGUCAACACAGAUGGCAAUGACCAGGGCCUCGUAUCUCUAAAGCAUCGCGUAUUGCGAAUAGCUAUAUCAAAUAGAGACUACAAUGUUUUAUAUGGGAUGAGUAUGGGCGAGUUAUGGAAUUGAGACGCUUGCGCACGGCCGCAAUGCGUGAUGCUUUAGAGAUACAGGGGCCCAGGCAUCAAACUGUAAUGUGUAUACUGCACAUAAUUGUACUUAUUGUAAAGUCUACUGACCAAAUAAUUUGAACUUAAAUAUAUUGUUAUUAUGAUAACAACCCAUAGCAAAUUAAUAAUAAUAAUAUGUAACGUUGUUACACCAAUACCUUGGUUUGGCCACUUUCAGUACACAACCCAUUGCCCUGUACAUAAUUCAGAUUUUAAAAAUGGAAUGAAGAUCAAAGGGGAUUAAUUCUCUAAAACUUGCAACAAUCUGGGCAAUUUGUACAAAUGUUUGGAGACAAAUCAUUUUUAAAUUUUUUUUUUUUAUUUAAAAGUACAUAAACCACUUCUUGUUUAACUUAACUAAGGAAAAACAUCAUUUUUACAGAAAAAUGCCACGAAUAAAUGUUGCCAAAAAUAAUCUUAACACUAGUAAUUAAUCACCUGACAAAACUUGCCACAUGUUACCAUCUUGAAACAGUUUUGAACUGUGUACAACCAAGAAGUCACUGCUCUAAGUUAUGGCAAACUUUAAAAAACCCAGGCUUGAGCGUGGGUUAGGGACUUCUUCAUUUUCCAGAUUGUUACAUACUAUUAGUUAUGGCAGGUGUCCGGAAAUGAGAAUCAAAGAUUGGUUAGACAGAGAAAAAUACUAUUUACCCAA